AUGUCACAACAGAAAGUCGACUUGACCACAUUGCCACCGCAGCAAAUUUUUGAGUUUAAAAGACAGAUUCAGCAGGAAGUUCAACAUCUCCAAUCGUCUAUUCAGGCCCUCAACACUGCAAAAGCGAAAUUCAACGAAUGCAUUGCCAAUAUCGACAGGGUGUCAAAGAGCCCAGAAAAUGACAUAUUGACUCCUCUGACUUCAUCCUUGUAUGUUCCUGGGAAAAUUGUUGAUAAUGACAAGUUUCUUGUGGAUGUUGGAACUGGUUACUAUGUCGAGAAGAACGUGGAAGACGCCAAAGAAUUCUACAAGCUCAGAAUCGAUAAAUUGAACCAAGAUAGUGAACAGCUAACCCAAAUGAUCCAGGAAAAGAUCAACAUCAUGAAAAGUGUGGAUAACGUUCUGAAGCAGAAAAUUCAGCAGGAGGAGAAGAGCAGACAGCAGACCACGCAAGCAUGA